CACGCCACACCUCCACCAACGGUCGGGGUACGUCUGAUCGACAGGUCCGCUGCGUAAUAGCAACCUUGGAAGGUUUUCAUGUGGGAUCGUCUGCGAGCAAUACCACCAUCCAGCCGAGCUUGAAAUGCCGAGCACAACGUCGCGAGUGAGAUCGGAGUUCUCGAGUUUGUUUCCUGACCUUUGGAUCGUUUCCAAGGCUUCUUGACGCAUCCAAUUCUCAACAUCCAUCAACCUCAUAUCGACGAAAAUGCGUGCCUUCAGCGUUGCCCUCUCGCUGGUCCUCAGCUCUGCUGCUCUGAUCGCAGCAGCAGAUGUUGAUGUCGUUAUCUCAGCCCUCAACACAUUGAACGCCGACUUGAAGACACUCGACACCGACCUCAACAAAGUCAAGGCCGGCAUCUUUGGCAUUCGGGAUGCCUUGCAAGCCAGCGUCGACACCACGGUAGUCGACAACGACAUUAUUGCCGCGAACACCGCCGUUGCGAACGCCGCCAAGUUCAGCGCCUCCGACUCGGCACGCAUCAUCACCGUCGUCGACGCGCUCGCAGCUCAAUCCAACAAGACCAUAACCACCACUAUCAAGCAGGCGCCCGCCUUUGGUGGCCUGGCCCCUGUUGUGCUCGCAAGCCUGUACCAAUUGAAGACCGACAGCAACACUCUCGGAUUCAACUUCGCCUUCAAGCUCGACCAGUCUGCCAUUAACCAGGGUGUCAUCGAUUUGACGGUAAUCCAGCAAGGGUUCGCUGCAGCUAUUGUCGCGUAUGGAGGAACGAACUAAAUUUAAGAUUGAUAAAUGAUGAAAAGUUUUUAUGUGGGCAUAACAGAUGUUGUUUGACGUGAAAGGGUAGCGGUAGUAGAUAUUCAGACAUUCAUCCGUUUCUUGUCCACAACGC